UUCCCCUGUGUGCUGUGGAUUUCUGUCACGGUGGUUAAUCCCCCACCUUGUCUCCCCCCCCUCGCCUCAGGCACGGGGACUUUUGGCCGAGUCUUCCUGGUCAAGGACAAGAAGAGCAGGGCCUUCUACGCCCUGAAGCAGAUGAAGAUCCCGGACGUGAUCCGACUGAAGCAGGAGCAGCACGUCCACAAUGAGAAGGAGGUGCUGGCAGAGGUCAACCACCCCUUCCUCAUCCGACUGUUUUGGACCCACCAUGACGAGCGCUUCCUCUACAUGCUGAUGGACUACGUGCCAGGCGGCGAGCUGUUCAGCUACCUACGCAGCCGCGGACGCUUCAGCAACGCCACGGGCCUCUUCUAUACCUCUGAGAUCGUAUGCGCCAUCGAGUACCUCCACUCCAAAGAAAUCGUGUACCGUGACCUGAAGCCUGAGAACAUCCUGCUGGACAGCGAGGGACACAUCCGCCUGACCGACUUUGGCUUCGCUAAGAAACUCUCUGACAGGUGACACACGUCAACAGCAGAAUGUAGUUUGACAACCACAAAGGAAUAGUUGUAUAUGUGCUAAAUGACCCAAAAAAACAUAUCAAACUGACAGGGAAUGCAGUAUUUAAAGUAAGACAUGAAACAGUUAAUAGAUUGUCUAACCCAGUGAUACUCAACUAACAGCCCAAGGGCCCAAUCUGGCCCCCGAUAGCAUUCCGAUUGACCCCC